GCCAUGGGGGGGGUGAAGGUGAUCGCGAACGACGCCGAGUUCCAGCCGGAGCUGGGCGCCGCCGGCUCCCGCUUGGCCGUGGUCAAGUUCACCAUGCGCGGCUGCGGGCCUUGCUUGAGGAUAGCGCCGGCCUUCAGCUCCCUGAGCACCAAGUACCCGCAGGCCGCCUUCCUGGAGGUGGACGUGCACCAGUGCCAGGGCACGGCGGCCGCCAACGGCAUCGCGGCGACGCCGACGUUCCUGUUCUUCCGGAACAAAGUGCGCCUGGAGCAGUACCAGGGCGCCGACCCCCUGGGGCUGGAGGAGAAGAUCAGGCAGCUCCUGGAGAACGAGCCCGGGCCCGGCGACGCCGCCGACAUCCCCAAGGGAUACAUGGACCUGCUGCCCUUCGUGAACCGGGCGGGCUGCGAGUGCCUCAACGAGAGCGACGAGCACGGCUUCGAGAACUGCCUGCGCCGGGACCAGGCCUACCUCGAGUCCGACUGCGACCAGCAGCUCCUGCUGACGGUGGCCUUCAGCCAGCCCGUCAGGCUGUACUCCAUGAGGCUGCAGGGGCCCGACAACG